AUGCGCGCCGAAUAUAUUAUUGAGCACAUGGAAGAGGACGAGCCCGAGGCUCCGGCGCACUUUCCGCCGUGGGCGCUCCUAGAGUACAGACACAUGCUGUACCAUGUAGGUGAGGGCACGACAGUCCACUUCACGGCGUUGUCGCGCGCAUCGCUGGACGCACUGCACGAGGCGUUUCGGCAGCCCUUGCCGCCGCUGACGCAGAAGCCGGCGCGUUUUGAGCUGCAUGCCGAAUCCGUCACGACGCUGGCUCAGCAGCGUGGAUGGGAUCUGCAGCGUAUCUGCUUGCUCGAUCCAAAGGCGCCUCUGCCGCUCUCUGUCCGCGACGCUGGCCUACAUGGAUCGACCCCGGCGCCGUUCACGCACUUUUUGUUCGGGGGCAUUCUCGGCGAUGAUCCGCCACGCGACCGCACGGCCUCGCUGCGUGAGCUUGGAUUUCCAGGCCGCCACCUCGGCAGCGUGCAAAUGUCGACAGACACGGCGCUGGGAGUGACCAAGCGCGUCGUCGAGGAUGGACUGCGUCUCGGUCUCGACGAGCUGCGCGGCAUGGACGGAGCGGACGGUGCAUCCGACGGCUGCGGUGCGCUCUCCUUCGUCGACAGCCCGACACUCCAGUUUGGACGGGGCGAGUCGGUGGAACUGCCAUACCGCUACCUCGUGGCGGACCCGACGACCUCGGAGCCGCUCAUGGCACCCGGCAUGCGGGAUAUCAUAUACCGUGAUUUUGAUCGCACAUUUGACAUCUAA